AUGAAUCCUCACAUCGUUAUUUUGCUACAGCUCAUCCAUUUGGUCAUAGGCCAGUUUAAAAUCAUUCCUCCUGAUAAUCCUGUCAUUGGAGUCAUUGGGAAAGGAGUCAUCCUGCCCUGUCAACUGCAAGCUAAAACUAUAUCUGAGAGGCUUUCUAUCCAGUGGAUAUUUACCACCAACUCUGAGAACAUUGACGUGAGCAUCUAUGAUGGAAAGAACACACAAAACCCAGUUACCGAAGACAAGAGAUACCAGGGCAGGACGAAUUUCUUUCAUACUGAAUUUAAUAAGGGAAAUGUCUCUCUCUACCUGAAGAACGUCAUGGUCUCUGACAAAGGAAAAUACACCUGCAGUGUCUUUUUUGAGAACUGGUAUGAUGAAGUGGUAGUUGAACUGUCUGUGGCAGCCGCAGGUGAUAAGUCAUCUGUUUUUCUGGAUGGGCAUGUGGGACAGGGCAUUGGCCUCACUUGCAAGUCCCAUGGAUGGUUUCCAGAGCCCAAAGUAGUUUGGCUGGACAGUAAAGGAGAGAUACGAAAGGAGAAAGUCAUCACCCAGAAUGAGAGGACGUCUUCAGGUGUUUUUGACAUCAUAAGUUCCAUGAACCUUGAACCCAAAUCUGACAUGGAAGUAUCCUGUAGAGUAGUCAAUGACCUACUGAACACAGCAUGUGAGUCCCGAGUCCUGAUUUCAGAUGCCUUCUUUCCUUCCACCUCACCUUGGAUGACUGCCUUCCUUGUACUCUUAUUUUUAAACGCAGUGGUUAUCGGUGCUCUAGCUUAUAAACUGAAGAGUAAUUUUAAAAGGACACAGGACGCAAAUCGAUACCGGAUUGAUUUAGAUUUUUGGGAAGCGCAGAGCCAUGCAGUCCCCAUCACCGUGGAUGCAGCCGGCGGAGACCUGGAGCUGCAGGUGCCUCCAGCGCCGGGCACGAGGAGCAGCGACCCCUCCGGAGCGGCCGACGCGCGCGCUCCCUCCGCCGUCCCCAUCGCGCUGGCGCGGGACGGCUUCGCGGCGGGCAAGCGCUACUGGGAGGUGGAGGUGGCGCGGCGGCCGGACUGGGUGCUGGGGGUGGUGCGGGGCGGGCGCGAGCGGGGCGCCGUGCUGCCCGCGGGCGACUCCUGGGCUCUGCACAGCUCCCGCGGAGCGCUCUUCUGCGGCCGCGGAGACGCCGCCGUGGAGCCGCCGCCGCCGUCCUGCUCCGUGGUGGGCGUGCUGCUGGACCUGGAGGAGAGGCGCGUGAAGUUCUACGAGGCCGUGCACAUGGUCCUCCUGGCCACCAUCCCCGUUGGAGAGGGGGACGCGCACACGUUCUACCCGUUUGUGCCCAAAAGCGAAGGGUCGCUCGCUCCGCUCGUCUUCCGCCCGGUCAGGAUUCCUUCUGCUUUGGAAAAUCUGUGA